AUGAGGAGCAGCAGGUGUCCCUGAAGGACCCGCAAGAUGGAGGAGGAAGAGCGGCAGGUGUUCCUGUAGGAGCGUCAGGAGAUACGGGAGGGGGAUGAGGACAACGAGGACCCUUUCUGAUCAUCUUCAAGCACCGAGAAGACAUGGACACGCUGAAGCCCCGCCCACUUGCGGUGUCCCAAUGGCUCGCGUCUGCAGAGAUACAGCCUCGGUUCGACGCCCCGAACAGAUCGCGCUAUUUCGAGAAACUUCCAGCCCCUUUCUGAUACGUCAUUUAAGGAAUCUUUAAAGAGUCCGUUGCAUGUAGGAAUGUCUCAGUACCUAAAGCCAGCGACAUGGACAGCGUAAGGACACAGUCACCGAUGGUAGCAAUGGCAAAUAACAACGACCCACUGCCUUUUGGAUGGGAAAUUAAAAUAGACCCACAGACGGGUUGGCCUUUUUUUGUGGAUCAUAAUAAUUGCACAACAACCUGGAAUGACCCUCGGCAUGAUGUCAAAAAGGUCAGCCAGCUGAAUCUAAACGGACCCAACGUCCCCCCAGAUCCAAGCCCCCAGGAGGGGCAGAAGGCCUUUGUGAGAGAGAUGAAGCACCCCACCCUUCGCCAGGGGUACGUCCCUAUCCCCAUCUUUCACGAGGGUGCCGAACUCAGACAGCAGCAGCAGCAGCAGCAGCAGCAGCAGCAGCAGCAGCUGCAGCAGCCGUCUUUUGCCUACAUCCAGCCGAGCUCCACACAGAACGUCCGCACGGACGGGCGGACGCCGUCCCCGACGCCAGGGCUCCACUGCCGGCCUAGAUCCCCCCUCCACGGGCCUCCCGACUGCAGCUCCCCUGAGCCCAGCAAGUCCUGCUCACCCACGUCCCACACCACCGAGGUUUACAACGUCCCUUUCCACCAACCGGCGAGACGCAGCAACGCAGGUCUUCAGGCCGGCUACAUCCCCAUCCCUGUCAUCCACGAGAGCAGCGGAAGCCCGGCCCCGUCCCAGUCAUCCCAGUUAAACCCCACCGUCUAUUCCCAACGCCUUCCCUACUCCGAGCACCAGCAGCCUUUCCAUAGGCCACAGCCAGAAGAACGGACUAGCCAUUGUGGGUCCAUGCAUCCCCCCCAACAUCGUGUACCCGUUCACCACCCACAGAUCAUAAGGAGUCAGUCUCCUGCUGUGACACAAGUGAUGGGAGAGCGUCCGCAGGUUCAGCAGCACAUAUCAAGAGAAGUACCUGUGAAGAUUGAGCAGGAAGCAUUUACCAGCCAGCAGAAGCCAGAGAAACCCCAAUCACCACAGUCUUUCGACAUGGAAGUUGACAGCGAAUCGUUUCCACCUCCACCUCCCCCUGUCCACUUCCAUGAGCCGACGCGACAGCAAUGGCCGCAGGCCCAACAAGCCCAGUAUUCACCACAAGCCCAGUAUUCACCACAGGCUCAGUAUUCACCACAAGCCCAGUAUUCACCACAAGCUCAGUAUGCACCAAGGUUCCCACAACCGCAAUCCCCGCCACCACAUGAGUACCAAAUGUCCCCGCUGCCGCCCCCUACAGUUAUUCACCCACUCGUGCAACAGCCCGAAGCACAGCCUGAACCUCAGCCUGAACCUCAGCCUGAACCUCAGCCUGAACCUCAGCCUGAACCACAUGCUGAACAGUUGUACGCACCUCCUCCGCAGUUCCAGAAGCCCCAACCACCACCGCAGCAAACGGCGAAUAUCACAGUCCAAAUCCCCCCUAAAUCAGAACCCCAGGACCCUGCUCCGGCAAGUGUCCCUGCUGCUAAGGUCAGCGAGGAACCUGCGGCCCCAGGCCCAGUCCAUCCCGGGCUGGCCAAGGUGCAACUGAUCGUGGACAGGGUCUCCAAGCUGGAGCAAGAGGUCCGAUGCUUUGACGGCAAGAAGAACGACAAGAGAUACUUACUACUGGAGGAGAAUUUAACCAAAGAGCUUUUAGCACUGGACUCUGUAGACCCAGAGGGACGGGUGGACGUUCGGCAGGCGAGGCGCGACGGAGUCCGCCGGGUUCAAACGAUACUUGAGGAACUGGAGCAACUGGACGAGCGACUGGCCACGCCCGCCCGGAUGCCCUCAUCAGAGGGCCUGCCGCAGAAAGACGAGCCUAGUAUGAUGGUGACGGGAAAUAUUGAGGCUUCGAGGGAGAUAUCUUAAUGACUUGCACGGUGGUCAAACCAAGAGGACAGAAAGAUCAAAUCAAAAUAUUGGAAGUUUGUGUUUAUCUGUCCCAGUCUACUGUCCCCCUUCCUCCUCACGUUACACAACAGUUCUAACCUUUGCAUGCAGUGAGUACUUAACAGUGUUGGUAUUUCCUGGCAUUCACCACAUACAUAAUGGUGGCUCAGUACAAUUAUGUUUUAAAGCCAAUGUAGCUGCCUUUCUUUGUAGUGCCAUUGGCACCACAUUAAGGAAAGCUAUCCGAAUCACAGUGUUGAGGCCUUUUUUGAUGAAGACUGUGGUAAGAGUCUUUGUGUAUGUGUAGUUGCCUUUUGUCUUGAUCACAAAACAGCUAAAGACAGUACGUUUACAAUUGGAGGAGCACCAAAAGGAUCAUCGUGUGUUAGCUGGGGUUGUCACGCACGUACAAACUGCAAAAUCUCAGCCAGCAAGAAACCAUUUUUCAUUGGCAGCCUAAUUGGUAUUUUUCUGAGCUGCUUUAGAUAGGUUUAGUAGAUGCUGAUUUCGAUGCAUUACCUAUUCUACUGUAUGCACUUUUGACACUCUUGAAUUGUAACAUGCUGAAAGAUCAACAUUUGUUUGAAAUACUUCAGUCACACAAGUUUUGAUUGUAUUGUUGAGUGUUUUUUCGUGAACAUUUCUAGUUGUUAUUUGGAAAUAUAAUAUUGCUAUAUUUUGAACAAGGUAAGAAACUAAUAAUUUGUGCUUCUUUGGAACAUUUAUCAAUGCAUAGUUAUGAUGGAUGUGGAUGUAAGCUGUGUGUAUGGGACAAUCAACCCGUGCUGCUCUGUAAGAAUCACGGAUAGAGAGCACAGAGAGCUAUCAAAGAACCCAUAUGUAACAGAAUAAAUAAUGCAAAGGUAAUGAAAGAUAAGUCUUCAGAGGCUUUUACCCUUUUUUGAGAUUCCUACUGUAAUGCAAUUAUGUUGCUAUGUGAAAGGUAAUAUUUUUCGGAAAAUGCCAUCUAGUUUUUGAAAGAAUCAUAUGGAAAAUGUUUGUAUUACUAGUAUUUACCACAUCAUUUGAAGAUUGGAUUAUUGUUGAAGGCAAUGGACGUUGUUAUUGUUCCAAAUAAAACUCUAACUGACAUAAAUUGCUUAUGAGUGAUAAUGUUAUAUAACAAAUGCAUAAUACACGAUAAAGGAUCCUGCAAAAUCGAUGCCCUAGUUUUAGAAAAAUUACAACACAGAAUAAACAU